UUUUGCAAAACUACAGCUGCACAGUGGCAUUGCUUUUAUACAGGAUUUGACUUUGUUUACUACACAAAGUACUACACAAAGUGAUAGCAGUCAAUCAAAAAUGGACCUUCUGAAAACCACCCUCCUCAUCGUCCUUCUCACAACAAUAUCUGCCAUGCCAAGGGGUUCCAGAAGGCAUCACGACGCAGAUAUUCCUGAGCAGAAAAUGCUCCAUGCCUUUAACCAGUUCAUCAGGAACGCCUUCAAAGACGAAGAUUCCAGUGAAUCUCCAGAAAGUAAAUCUUCUUCUGAGGAGAGUAAGUCCUCUGAGGAAAUUAUCAUUCCUGAUGUGACCACACCAGUUGUAAUCACGCCGGCCGUGACCACGCCUGCCGUGACCACACCCGCCGUGACCACACCCGCCGUGACCCAGCCAGCUGUGACCCAGCCAGCUGUGACCUCUCCUGCGAUGACAACCGUUGAAGAAGGGAGUACAGCCACUCCUGAAGUGGGCACGAUAGACACCGACCAACCAAUCGUGAUGGAGACAACGCUCUCACCAGAAACGCCGACCCCAUCCGCCAGUGUCACAACAACGUGUGAUCAGUGUUUUACGGUGGUGAUUCCAACAGGAGCUCCCAUCACCGACAACAGGGGAGACAACUGAGCAACCAUUAGGCAACGGCAGCGAGUCGCAUGUGGGCAGUUUCUAUCCAUUUUAGAGAGACAAAGUCUCCAUAUUUUCUUUUCAAUUUGCAUCUUUUUGUGAAAAUUACUUUGCAUGUAUCUAAGAAAAAAUUUAGUUUAAAAAAAGAAGAGCAUGUGCCUUUGUUUUUCUGUUUAUAUGUUUUAUAUGAAAAUCUGAUCCCCUUUUAUACCUAUUUUUAUACCUUUUAACAGAGGUUCCCAAUUAUUUUUAACACAUUAACAGCAGGAUUAAUAGACCUCUAACAUCUCAGGACAGAGGAUAAGAAAAUAAUGAUUCCCUUAAGCCGAUUUUGAACUGAUUUAAUAUUACGGGAGAAGGUGGGGAAGUGAUUGUGUGCAGUCUGGUUACAAAUAACUGAUAACCCUGGAUAAAGCCACUUGUAUAUGCUAGUUUAAUUUUCAGUAGCUAAAAUGUGUCUUUGUGUAUUCAUAUGCAUGUAUGUGCUACUAAGUGUACAUUCAGAUGAGUUAAUCCUUCACUGCUGGUUUGUCCUGUGAAAUCCAGAGUAUGACCUGCAGUGUUUUAAUUCUCAAAAGCUAAAUCAGAGCAUUUAUGAACCAAACCACUUAAAUAUGUGGCAAUAUAAAAUAAACAAAUGGGCGGCUUGUUUGCAUGUUUAUUGCAGCUUUAAGGCAGGAUAUGGUUGGACUUCUGACAAUGUGCUAAAUAAAACUUAAUUUCAGGUUUUCUGCAAAGAGCUGCUGAUAUACUGCUGAAAGCCUAAAGACAUCUGUCCAAGCAGGAAAACCAGCCAAAGCCAGUGAUGGUUAUGGAAUUACAUUUUCACAAAGCAACAACAAAAAGUUGUUGCUCUGCAUGAGGUAUCUGGAGUAUGUGUCCCAACCGCAGCAGUGUGUUUAUAGCCUGUGGAGGAUGUGUCAUGUCAGCUCUUGUCUGUUGUCUGUUCAUUCUGGUGAAGAGUCCUUACCACAGCAGGUUUCUUUAAAUACCAGCUGUAAAUGUAUCUUUUCCCAGAUUAAAUGUAGAGCAGAGGGCCAGAACAACACCUUAAUGUUGUUGGUGUGUUUCUAUUUUAUGGUGUAUUAGACU